AUGGCUGAAAGCAGUGGGAAUGAGCAGCUCCGCCCUUCGCAAAGCGGCCGCAGGCCCGGCCCCUCGGUACUCGCGGACUUUUUUCCGUGUCGCUUCCUCUUCUUCCCGGCAUCCCCGUUUCCGCUUUCUCACGGCUCUGGUUUUCCCACCUCUCAGGCGCUUCGCGCCCAGGGGUUCACUGACGUCAUCUCUCUGCGCUGCGCGGACACCCGCCGGUGGAGGAAGGAACAUUUCCGCCGCCCUUCGCUUCUUUUGUUGGGCUGCUACUCCUUCGGAGUCAUGGCGCCGUCGCUGUGGAAGGGGCUGGUGGGCAUCGGCCUCUUUGCCUUAGCCCACGCGGCCUUUUCCGCUGCGCAGCAUCGUUCUUAUAUGCGAUUAACAGAAAAAGAAGAUGAAUCACUGCCAAUAGAUAUAGUUCUUCAGACACUUCUGGCCUUUGCAGUUACCUGUUAUGGUAUAGUUCAUAUUGCAGGGGAGUUUAAAGACAUGGAUGCCACUUCAGAACUAAAAAAUAAGACAUUUGACACAUUAAGGAAUCACCCAUCAUUUUAUGUAUUUAAUCAUCGUGGUCGAGUACUGUUCCGGCCUUCGGAUACAACAAAUUCUUCAAACCAAGAUGCAUUGUCCUCUAACACAUCAUUGAAGUUACGAAAACUUGAAUCACUGCGUCGUUAAGAUUUUUACAAAUUAUAAUAACAGAACAGGACAGGACACAGAGCUGGAAUAUUGGAGUUUGGGGUACAAAACACUCCCCCCCGUCAGUAUUUAUAUUGAUCUUUCAGACCUAAUUAAAAAAGUCUAUGACCCUUGUUUAUACACUGUUAAUCAAGUCAUGAAUGCAAUCUAAGUUAUCUGUGAAAUGAGUCUUUGAUCUUUCAUAGAGAGAAUUCUUUUUUCAUCUAAAAUUCACUUGUUUUGUAAAAGUCACUGUUUUGAACACAUUUCUUUGAAAAAUGAUGGUUUUGUAAUUAUUUAUUUUCUUAGAUUUCUUUUCUUUUGCACUACAGUUUUUAGGAUCCUUUUGGAGAUAGUGUGACUACUGCAUUUUGCAGCAUGAAUGAUAGUAAAAUGGUCUUAAGUUCUUAACAACAAAUAGACUUCUCUAAAGAGACUAAAAUGGUGACUUACCAGUUUUUCUUAUGCCCCCUAAAAAGUGGCUCUGCUUCAGCAGAUACUUGCCAGUUUUUAAUUUAUCCAUUACUUCUCACCCUACCCCGCUCCCAUAUACCUCCUAACAUCAGUCUUAUUUCAUCACUUCUCUGGGGUUCUGUGUGCAGCGAGCAAUUUUUGUGUCAGAAAUCCUUUGUCAUAACAAGUAUACUUAACAAACUCAGCUUGCUGUAAAGCUACUUGUAUUCUCUUCAUUUAUUGGUAAAAAAUGUCCCAAAUUGAUUAUGUAGUGUAAGAAUAGUUGAAGAUAGACCAAAAAGAACAUCCAUGAAUUAAUUAUCCUGCCUGUGUAGAAGAAUAGUAGUCAUUGAGGAAAACUGAUUAUUUGUCAUUAGCCAGUUUAACUUAUUCAAAAUCUCUGUUAUUUUGUUGCAUACUAAACUAAUGAAUUAGUAAAAAUAUAGGAAACCUUCUCGUUAAAGGUAGACUUAAAUGGAAUUGGGCCAAAUGUGUUCUAAAUAUUUGGAACUCAUGUCUUUAAAAAAAAUUAAGGUCAUUGAAGAAAUUGUUUCAUAGCUUCUGAUUUGUUUUCCAUCUUCAUUGUAUGUUGCUGAAGGUGAGGAUGAGGGUACAGAGAAGAAUUUUUUUAGAAACGGUAAUUUCAGUUUUAGGGGAAUUUGGUCUCUUUGAUCUUCAGGAAGCUUAACAUUUCUGCAUUUCUUCGUAGAAAACAUUGCUUUUGUUGAAUCAUACAGGUAUGGAAACAUUGCUUUUGUUGAAUUGUAUAGGUAUAAAGGGAAUAACUGUAUGCAGAUUUGAAAAGGAAAUGUGCUUUAGGCAAGAGUCAUGAGAUGUCCUUAUCCUUGAAGACAUUUUUUUCCAUUAGUAAUGAACCUCAGCUCUUCUCUUCUGCCUGGUAACACAGCCUGAAGUACAAGAUUAUUUUGUCAUUGGGUCUUUAUUCAUUGUUUAAUUUUGUUUUGCCAACCCAAUCUGUCUGUGGAACACUGACUCUGCUCUCUAAGGAGAACAAAGUUAGAAAUCUGUUGAAAACCUAAAAUAAUUUAGAAAUGAGUUUAAAAUGUGAAGUCAGGGGUUAAAGUGGUUGUAUUUAAAUCAGAACAGUGUAUGAGAAACAAGCUCCUUACAUCAGGCCUGUGUACCGUUUCCUCAGGUAUGACUUGAUUUGCAAGAGCGUCUUAUUUUCUUCUCUUUGGGGGCCUGUCUUCCUUUCCUAAUAUGUUUUAAUAAUAACUUUACUGAGAUAUAAUUCACAUACCUUACCAUUCACCCAUUUAAAGGGUACAAUUCAGUGGUGUAAUAUAUUCAUGAUGUUGUGCAACCAUGAUCACAGUGAAUUUGAGAACAUUGCCAUCAGCCCAGAAAGAAACCCUGUGCCCUUUAGCAGUUACCUGUCUUUUUCCCCCAGUGCCUCCCAGCCACUAAUCUACUUUCUGUCUCUGUAGAUGUGUCUAUUCUGGUCAUUUAAUAUGAAUGGAUUCCUGCAGUAUCUGGGCUUUCAUGACUGGCUUCCCAAAUAUGGUUUUGUUCUAUGUAGAGUGAGAACUCCUCUUGAGAACUGAUUGCUGUAAAAGGAAGUGGUUUGUAAAAAUCAGUAGAUGUAAGGAGGGAGGGUCACAUACCUAACAGGUUUCUCAGUCUGUCUUAUGCUGAAUAGUUUUUUCUCAGAACCAAGCAUUCAUGAUAUGUUACUACUUAUAGUAUUUUUGUCUAGUCUCUAGAAUGGAUAUUGAUAUGGAUUGCCCAGUCAGGAAAGUCCUGCUAAGUAUGAUGCCAAAUAACGUGGCAAAUAAUUGACAUAGCAGUCUUCAGUUGUGUCUAAUUUUGCUAGGAGCUUGUAUACCUCUGGUCAGGUGAGCUUCCCAAAUUUUUUCUUUAAUUUCCUCCAAUGAAUUUAUGCUGUCUUUUAAAAGUAGGUACCAAAGGAUUUGGGUGAUUUGGGUGCUUCAUAACAGUGCUAAAUGGAUUAAGUUCAGAAUUCUAUUUAUACUACUAUGAGGCAGUACUAAGGUAGCCAAAAAUGUAGUCAUGCGAGCUAGUGAAGCCUGCAGUUGACUGUGAUUUCAGUGACAUUCAGAAGUGUGUACUGUUGAAGGCUCUCUAGAAUAUAGGAAGACAUAAUGACCAGGGAACCAGCCAAAUGCUACGGCCUAGUGGGCCAGCUGCAGAAAAUGCAGAUUGGUGAAUUAGAGACUGUGAUGCUCUGUAACUCCCUAAUGAUUGUUUUCUAAGCAUUGUGGCUUAUUUUUGAGUGGCAUGACAGCAUCCCCCUGGUUGUAUGUGGCCUGUUUCCAUGAUGUAUUGAGUAGUGUUGUUUGUUGUGAGCAUCGAUGCCUGUAACACCAAGCUAAACACAUUCUUUUGGAUAUGUUUCCUCUCUUUAAAUGACCUUGCCCUGUCCAAUAAAUAAAUGAUUGUCUCACCCUG